UUGCAGUCCACGGAUGAAAGGGGUCCGUCGGGAAUUUUUUUUUUUUUUUACCGUUGGCUGGGCUGUUUAUGUCUCGGGGUUACAGCACUGAGAUAGCUGAUGAGAUGUCUGUGUGAUUCGUGUUUCGAGUGUCUGGGCACCACAUAGCUGGGGAAUCGGAUGAAUUGGUGCUGGAACUAAGCUCAACUUGUCUCCCUGUCCGUCCGUGAAAAGAUGAUGGUGGCGUCGAUGAUAAAUGUGUGAGGAGAAAGCUCCUGUGGUCCUCUUGCUGCACCGCACACUUCCUCAUGGAUUCCAGCAAUGACGAGGCACUUGAUAUCAUUAUCACCAAUGUGGUGGCAACCUUUAGGACCAGGUGCCACCUCAACCUGCGCACCAUUGCCUUAGAGGGAACCAAUGUCAUCUAUAAGCCAGAAGGAGGGAAAGUCCUGAUGAAGCUUCGUAAGCCCAAAAUAACGGCCUCAAUCUGGUCCUCAGGGAAAAUCAUCUGCACCGGAGCAACAAGUGAGGACGACGCAAAGCGGGGUGCUCGCAGGUUAGCACGCGUUCUGCAGAAACUGGGUUUCAAGGUGAGGUUUUCAGCCUUCAAAGUGGUGAACGUCCUGGCAGUGUGCUCCAUGCCGUUUGCAAUCCAACUUAUAGACUUUACAAAGAAAAACCGACCCAUUGCCAGUUAUGAACCAGAGCUCCAUCCUGCUGCCACGUACAGGAUCAAACACAUAAAGGCUACUGUACAGGUGUUCUCUACUGGCAGCAUCACAGUUACAGGACCAAAUGUGCAGAAUGUGGCCACAGCUGUUGAGGAGAUUUACCCACUGCUGUUCGAGGUUCAGAGACCCCGCUGCAAGUAAAAGACAAAGUUGCAGAAGGAGGCAUCGAAGGAAAGAGAAGGCAUGACUGAGGAAGCACCUUAUCCUUGGAUUUACUCGCUUGAUCGAAGCGGCAACAGCCACAAACUUCUAACCCGAUCAACAGACUGUGUCACCUGGAUUUUUAAAGAAAAUCUCCACCAACCCCAGUUGGAGUCUUAAAAUGUCCCUCUCACAAAAAUGUAUUGCUGUUGUGGAUUGUGUGGCUCUUGGGAUUUUAACAGCCUAAACUUGCAAGUACGUCUUUAAACGUCGUAUCCUUCGGGGGAAACCGGUCUACCGAACUUGACACGACACUGAAGGUAGAGGCAGUUAUUCGCUGUCGCUGGUAAAUUGGCUGUUUUUAUUUUUUUGCAUGGACACAGAAAGACCAUUUUUUUUAACAGUCUUCACCAUUUCAAUGCUUAGCAGUUGUGAUCAUUGCGAAACAUCAGUACCGUAGGAUAACACUAAGAAACCUCACCGUUAACCCUUUAUACAAGACGACGUCACAUCUUCCAAUUUCUUCUGGAAGGCUCUCCGUCCAUUGGCUCGUUUGUCGACGCGUCAACGCAAACACAAGGCGUCCACUGUGUUCCUCGUAGUGCUGCCCAAAGAGGGAAGCAGCAGUCUAACCACAGACUAAGUCUUGACUGUUACACGUGGACUCGGAGUAAGAGCAGGUCCUUCUGCAGAUGGACAUUUCCAUAACUCACAAUAUACAUUCAUCUGAUUUUAAUGGUUGGUUUCCUUACUUACUUAGGUUAGUUCACUAUAAAUAUGUUCUUGUUUCUCAACUGUGGCAUUGGAUCAGAAUGCACACACAUGAUCUGAUUUCAUUUCUUAACAAUAGUUUUUAAACACAAGGUAAAGAUGAAAUAUGUACAGAUCAAGAUCUCUGUCAUAAAUGUUUUGGAAUGUAAUGAAACUUUUUGAAAAGUUAAAGGAUAUUUAAUGUUUCAGGUGGUGUGUUGAGCCACAGAUCCCUAACUCGCUUUCACUUAAGCCAACUACUGGCUACUGGGCUAACCGGAUGCUGUCUGAAGUCAAAGGCAGAUACUUGAUACCAACCAGUAGCUGUCUGUCACUUAAGACAGCUACUGGUUAGUCCCAGGCUAAAGUUGGGAUGAGACAAGUCAAGGCGUUGAAAAUUGGCGCAGGAAUAAAGUUAUUAAACUCUGUCCAGAAUUGGUCUUGGAAAUCGCUGCAUAGGAACAGAAACUCUGGUGAUGUUUAAGUGAAGAACUCAAAAUUACAAAUGCAGCCAUUCAGUUAAGUCAAACAUGGCAGUUCAUUCUGCACUGUUGCUCGUCAACAGGUUUGUCGGUACAUUCAUCUGAGUUUUAGAAGGAGCAUGUUAUGCACAGUGUUCAAAGAGCCCAUGCUUAUAGUAUUAGCCAGUACCUUAACAAUAAACCUUCAUAGAAUAUAGCUUUCCUAAGUGUUUUUAAAUGUGAAAACCUAAUGACAGGCAAUGUAGAUUUCUGUAUUGGAUCUGAUGGAAAAGAUUAAAAAAAAAGACUUGGACAUGUUGUCUCCAGUAUUUGGGAUGGACUUUUUGAACCAGUGUCAACUGAGCAUUUGUGACAUUUGUUCAGAAUUUUGUAUUUUGUAUAAAAAUAAAGGUUGAUGAUAGAACGCCACCACGGGACUACUGAUUUACUCUCAUUGUCAUCACGUCCUCAUUGAAGCACUUUCAAUGGCUAUCCAAGCUUUUCAGUGUGACACAAUACAAAUACAUUUCUACAUUUUCCAACAAGAAAAAAAAGAUGAGGUAUCAAAGUACAGAUUUUAAAAUGUGCAAUUUUAAUUGUGAACAGGUCCACACACAAGUCAUUCUUUCCUGCAGUAAACAUCCCUCCUGUUAAUCACCUAAGUAUCAUUUUGGCAUCUCAGACACAAGUAACAGAGAAAAUUGAUUGCUUG